AUGGCGCCGCCGGUGAUUUACUGGAUGUGUUUGGUGGCUCUGUCCUCCAGCGUGACCUCCGGCCCGGCAUUGAGGAGGGUCUCGCUGAAGAAGAUGCCGUCCAUCAGAGAGACGCUGAGCGAGAUGGGGGUCUCUGCAGAGCAGGUCCUCGCUGAGUUGGCCCGGGAGACCACGGACGACCCCAACAACCACAACAACAACAACAACAACGCCGACGACGACGACAACAACAACGGGACCGUUCCCACUCCUCUGACCAACUACUUGGACACUCAGUACUUUGGGGAAAUCAGCAUCGGCUCUCCGGCCCAGAUGUUCAACGUGGUGUUUGACACCGGAUCGUCCAACCUGUGGGUUCCUUCUCAGAGCUGCUCACCUUUCUCCACCGCCUGCUUCACUCACAACAGGUACGACGCCUCCAAGUCUCGGACGUACGUGGAGAACGGCACAGGCUUUUCCAUCCAGUACGCCUCUGGGAACGUCCGGGGCUUUCUGAGCGAGGACGUGGUCGUGGUCGGCGGUAUCCCCGUGGUGCAGGUGUUCGCUGAGGCCGCCUCGCUGUCGGCCAUGCCUUUCAUCUUCGCCAAGUUCGACGGCGUGUUGGGGAUGGGUUACCCCAACGUGGCCAUCGACGGCAUCACCCCCGUGUUCGACCGCAUCAUGUCGCAGCACGUCCUCAAGGAAGAGGUGUUCUCCGUCUACUACAGCCGGGAUCCAAAACACACCCCCGGUGGAGAGCUGGUGCUCGGUGGCACCGACCCAAACUACUACACCGGAACCUUUAACUACCUGAACACCAGAGAGACGGGCAAAUGGGAGGUCACCAUGAAAGGUGUUUCUGUGGGGAUGGAGAUGCAUUUUUGCUCGGAGGGUUGCACAGCUGUGAUCGACACCGGCUCCUCCUACAUCACAGGCCCCGCCUCCUCCGUGUCGGCGCUGAUGAAAACCAUCGGAGCGCAGCUGGAUGAAAGCGGAUACAAAGUCAACUGCGACUCGGUCGAGGCGUUGCCCAGCGUCACUUUCCACCUCGGGGGCCAGGAGUACUCCCUCACUCACGAGGAUUACAUCUUGUGGCAAACGCAGAUCGAAGGGGACGUGUGCACCGUGACCUUCAGGGGCUUGGAUGUGCCGCCCCCUACAGGCCCCGUCUGGAUCCUGGGGGCCAACUUCAUCGCCCGCUACUACACCGAGUUCGACCGCCGCAGCAACCGGAUCGGCUUUGCCACGGCGGUCUGA